UGUCCGAAACAUCGCGAAGUUUCCUUACUGUUUUGUAUUUUGGUGGCAGCAGCAGGCGUCCAGGCAGCGAGCCGCGGAGGCAAGUCCAAGAAAGGUGGAGACUCCUUGGUUAACUUCCUGCACAAUAAUCUUGAAGCACCACCAAGAGGGAGCGAGAGAGAAAGCUGGGGAGGCUGCUGCCUUGCCGCUACCACCACCGCCGCCGCCGCUGCUGCUGCCUCCGCUGGGGCAAGGACGAAUGGAUACACGGCUCACUUGACUUCUUUUCCUCGGCAGUAAAUCGACGAAAAAAACACAAAACAAAACAAAACAGGCACUUUGCGGUUGUUUAAUACCCGUCUACCUGGGUAGUAGCUAGCUAGCAGUGAGGUUGCUGGACGAGAGAUUCCCAACGUUUGGUCGCGAGCCGUUGCGAAGGACAGGAAUGGAGGUCGUGGUGGAGUACGAGUACGACGCGCUCCAUGAGGACGAGCUGACCCUGCGACUGGGAGACGUCAUCAAGAACGUGCGGUACAUCGAGGAGGAUGGCUGGAUGGAGGGAGACCUCAACGGGAAAAGGGGCCUCUUCCCCGACAACUUUGUUAAGGAAGUGAAAAAGGAAUCCAAAGAGGUCAAGGAAACAAAAAAUGAGCCAAAAGAAGAGACCUCUCAGCCUCAGAAGAGGGAGAAGAGUGCAGGAAACGUGGCCCACCUGGUUCAGAGGAUGAGCACUAUCGGCAUCCCCACUGGUGGCUUCCAGCCUCAGCCGCCAGCAGCUUCAAAGAAACCUAAGAGGAGACAAUGUAAGGUGCUGUUUGACUAUCAGCCGCAGAAUGAAGAUGAGCUGGAGCUGAAAGUCGGAGAGGUCAUAGACAUCAUCGAAGAGGUUGAAGAGGGCUGGUGGAACGGCCUCUUUAACGGCAAAUCAGGCCUUUUCCCCUCCAACUUCGUCAAAGAGCUGGACGCUGCGGGAGAGGACGGAGAGUCCAACGACACCACAGCAGACGAGACUGAUGGAAGUGGAAUGGAAAGCACGGCCACCCCCACAUCGCCUCAGUCUGCCUCAGGGAACGGUGUUAUCACUCAGCCCAAGAAGAUCCGAGGUGUCGGCUACGGAGAUAUUUUCAAAGAAGGCUCGGUCAAACUAAAGGUCCGACUGCCCAGCGCCGAAACAGAGGAGAAGAAGGAGCGACCAAUCCCAUCAUUACCAUCUGCUGCAAAGUCUGCACAUCCCAAUAUGACAGACUCGCAGAGAGUGGACGGAGACAGCAAAGUCAAAGAUACCAAUCUUUUGGUUUCCUCAGCAAAAGAGUACUGUAAGGUCACGUUUGCAUUCGAGGCCACCAAUGAGGACGAGCUGACCCUGAAGGAAGGUGAUCUCAUCCAUGUGCUGACCAAGGACACAGGAGAGCCGGGCUGGUGGCGAGGCGAGAUCGGAGGCAAAGAGGGCGUCUUCCCUGACAACUUUGUCACCAUGGUUUCUGAAGGAGAGAAAGAGGCUCCCACAUCAAGAGGGUCAGUGAAAUCAUCACCUAAGCAGGAGUCAGAGGAGAAACCGAAAAAACCACCUCCACCAUCAAAAAGUGCAGCUCUCAAGCCAGAGGUCCCCAGUGCCGACAAGAAGCCUCACCUCGUCAGGCCAGAGGACAGAGUUGACAGGCCCUCACCAGAUCACAAACCUUCCAAGCCUGCAGCGCCGGUGGUCCCGCCCAAGAAGCCCAUCCCUCCUCCAGGGAAAGGCAGACCAGGAAGCAUCCCACCAAAAAGGCCUGACAAGCCUCUCGCUCCCUCGCCAAACCUCAAGCACAAUGGAGAGUUGCCUUCCACACGACCAAAGUCUGACUUUGAGCCAUUAUUGCCCACCAAACCCAAAACACUCUCUGGAGACUGGGGGGAGAAGUCCUCAGACAUUGCAGAUCUGAUGAGUUUUGAUGAGUUGUCGUCUACCUCGGAGAAGCUCUCUCACCCCACAGCUAACAGACCAAAGAUGCCUGGCAGGAGGCUUCCCGCCCAGUUUGGUGGAGGACAUUCGCCUAACAAGGAAGUGAGUGUUGAGAAAUCCUUCAAGAUCGAUGAAGAGGAUGGAGCCAAACCAAAGCUAUCAGAAACCAGAAAGCCUUCCACAAACACCUUAUCCCACUUACCGUCACUCCACAAGCCCGCCGAGGCCAGGCCGAGCCCGGCAGCAGCCCCGAGCCCAGACGUCGGCGCCUCUCAGGGCAGCAGGGCCCGAGUGGAGCCCGAAGAGCCAAGCUCCCAGCUGGAAGAGCUCAGGAGCCAGAUGAAGGAGCUGCUGAUGUCUGUGGAGCUGCUCAAGGCCCAGCAAAUGAAAGAGAUAGCAGAGCUACGAGGAGAGCUGGAUGAAGAAAGGCUAAAGCGUGUGGCCCUGCAGGUGGAGAUAGAGAAGCUAAAGCGGACUGUCCACUCGACGUGAAGCCCAUAAUCCAGCCAAUAGCAAGCCUCGAGGUCAGCUGCUGGCCUGUCGACCAACCGGAGAGCAGGAGGGCGGCGGCGGUGGCGGACGGAUAGUCGAAUGGACGGAGAGAAGGUGGAGAAUCACAUGAACCACCCGGAGCACAAUCUUACUUUUUUUUUUUUCCCCCCCCAGUGAUCUACAAAAAACAAACUCUCCCCAUAUUUGUAAGAUUUACAUUUUGCACAUAUAAAUUUUUUUUUUCAAGCUAGGUGUAAUUAUGUUACAGAUGUAUAUGUUUCUCUCUCUCUUUUUUUUUCUCUUUGUUUUAAAUUUUGCCAACACAAAAAAACAAAACUGAGGCCUUACUUCAACUACUGCGCUGGACUCACAACUCUGCCACUCCCGCUCUCUCCCCCUUCACUCCGGCGUUCCUCCAACUCCUCAGGAACGAGGUUCGCUCUCAGUACUACUGACUUUGUAGAAAGCCGGGGGACGCUUUGUUUUCCUCGCCUACUUUUCUUUUCUCUUUUUUUUUAAAAUGAUGCACAAAUAGUUGAUUUUUUUUAAAACAAGUAAGAUUGUUUAAGAUGUUUGAUUUGAGUUGGCAUCUUUGGAUUUUUUUUUUUUUCCUUACACGGCGCCCGUCAGCAGUUUUCCAUCCCGUUGGCUGCAAGCGCUUCAGAGAGAGCUUUUCACUUUUCUUUGUCUUUUUAUAUGUUUUCUAGCAUUCCUAUCCAGGGUAACACUACUGUGCCUGUUAAAUACAACAACAAAAAAAAUCUAUCAAGUGUUUGUAAUGGGAUCUGGAAUAUUUGCAGCAUGAUAUUGUAUAUCUAUAUUUUUAAAUCUACUGACAUGCCUAGUCAAAUAUUAUGUAGAGGGCCUCUUCUAUGCUGGUCUCUUCUAUUUUUGUCAGACUGUUUGGCCCACUGGGAAUGUUCUCAGACGCUUCGCCAGAGUUGGUAAAACAACCAUGCAAAACAGCUGAAGAGGAGAGAAAGAAAGGAGAGAUUGCAUUCUUCCAUAAAGGCAGCCUCGUUACGAUCAUCUCUGCAGCUUGCUUUCUUCUCUUCUUUUCAAUCUGACCACAAUCCCCCCCCACCACCCACCCCUCCAAUCAAACCGCUGUCCGUUCUACCUCCUCCUCUUUUGUGUCUUUGAUUCCAAGUGAGUCAUGUGACCUGAGAGGAGCCUGGUCUUUCUGCAUGAGCCUGCGCAGCACUCAUCGGCGCAAUCGUUCUACGUGCAUCUUAUCGUCUCCGUCUCUUCCCACAUUCCAGGUCCACGAGUUAAGCUAACUGGAAGCCGAGCUGCAACGAUUAAUCGAUUCAUUGUCAACUAUUAAAUUAAUCGCCAAGUAUUUUGAUAA